UCCGAGCGGCUCUAUCUUAUCGCUAACUGAAGGUAAACAUUUCUGAAAAACUACGUCUUUGCGUGCGGAAUAUUGUAUAACUCUGUUUUAAAAAUAAUUUGUGAACUUAUUUAAAAUAAUAUUUCGUGUGAAAUGUCGUGUGGUAUGUGCAACAAAUCGGUGAGAGGUGCAAACAACUCUGAAGUGAAGUGCAUAGACUGUAACAAUCAGUUCCAUGGAAACUGCGUGAGUAUGAAAGUAGAGGAAAUCAAAUUUCUAAUUGAAAGUGGUAAAUCGUGGAGAUGUGAUGGAUGCACCAGAAACAAGAGACUCAGCAUGUCUAUGGAUACGCCAAUCAAAGAGGGACAAAUCACCUUGGAGAAGUUAGCGCAAAUGCUCACCAAUGUGUCAGAGAACAUUAAAAGUGUGGAGAAGAGCUUAGGAGAUUCUAUACAAUCGUGUCACGAAUCUGUCGGUGAUGUACUCGAGAAAGUGAAAAUACAAGAAAGUCAACUCAAGGUGUGCCUGGAUAAAAUUGAGACACAAUCUACCGAAAUAAUAGCACUAAAAAAGGAAAAUGAAGAACUGCGUCGUGCCAUCUCUGAUAUUCAGCAAUAUACAAGAUCGAACUGUCUGGAGCUCCAUAAUUUUCCUCAGGAGGAAAAUGAGGAUCUUCUUGGUGUUGUGAAAUCUGUUAGCAAAGCUUUGGGACAUACAAUAACCGACCUGCAAAUAGACAAUUGUCACCGUCUUCCAACUCGUGAAAAAGAUAAAGUGCCACCAAUUAUAAUAAAACUGACUAGAAGGAUCGAUAAGGAGGAGCUGUUAAAGCGAAGGAGGGUGAUGAGGAACUUUUCAACGCGACACAUGGACCUACCAACAGACAUCCCGCUGUACCUCAACGAGAGUCUGUCGCCGGAGAACAGGAAGGUGCUAGCGCUGGCGAGAGCAGCCAAGAAAGAAAAGGACUACAAGUAUCUCUGGAUUAGGAACGGAAAAAUUUUGAUGCGAAAAUCUGAGGGUCAACCGGUAAUCUCAUUGAGUUCAGUAAGUGAUAUAAGCAAACUAUAAUGAUUACAAAUGUACUAGUUUAUUUAAUAAAAGUUUACUAAUUUUUGAAAAAUCCACGAAAGUUAAAAAUAAAUGACCGACCUUAAUGAACUAUUCUGUUUAGUACAAAACAUAAGAAGCUUAAGAGAAAACUUUGACCUUUUUUUAAUUGAGCUUGAAAGUUAUGCAAAAAAACCGCAGUGUAUAAUUUUAACAGAGAUUUGGAUAUAUAGUGAUGAGUCUGAACUUUACCCAAUAGAUGGAUACAAUUGUUUUACAAAUUGCAAUGACAAUUAUAGAGCAGGUGGAGUAGCGGUUUAUGUGAAUAAAGAAAUAACAGCAAUAGCCGAUAAGAUAGUUCUAAUCUCUGUAGAUGCCUUAAAAGUUGACUUUAUUUUUGGUAAUGUCGAAAUAAGCCUUAUCGCUGUGUAUAGAUUUCACAAUAUACCUGUAGAUGAGUUCUUCAAAGAGAUAAAAACUGUAUUAGAUAAGUUAGAUAAUGAUAAUUCUAUCAUAACAGGUGACAUAAAUAUUGAUCUGCUUGAUAGUAAUCGAGUAUCAGAUGAAUACCAAUUCAUUAUGUCAAGUUAUGGGUUUACAUCUUAUGUUAACGAACCGACUAGAGUAACCAACAUAUCAACUUCAUGCAUCGAUCACUUAUGGUUUAGAUACGUAACAACAAGGAAUUCUUUCAAUCCCUCCACAAUUAUAAAGAAUUUACUAAUCACUGAUCAUUAUGCUAUAGAGUUUUAUUUUGAGAAAAUGAUUAAGAAGCGAAUAAAUCAUUCACCCAAUACUAAUCACAAUGAAAAGCAGAAAAAAAUAAACGUUGAAAUUCUCGCCAAUAAAUUAAAUAAAAUUAACUGGAAAUGUGUCCUCGAUCUUUCAGACGUAGAUUUAGCUCUGGAUAAAUUUCUAGAAAUUUUCAGUGAGUGUUUGGAAAUAGCAUGUACAGGAGAAAGUAAUAAAAGGAAAAUAUUUACACAACCACCACAUAAACCAUGGCUCACUCCCUACUUGCUAAACCGAAUAACAGUUAAAAAUCGCUUAUACAAAAAAACCACAAAACAACCAUAUAACGAGAACUUGCUAAAUUAUUAUAAAAGGUACAGGGAUAAACUCAAGAAAGAAAUACAGGAAUCCAAAAAUAAAUAUUUUCGCGAGACUCUAAACAAUUUGAGGGGAAACUCUAAGGAGACUUGGAAAGUAGUGAAUACGCUAUUAGGAGAAAAUAACAGGAGAGAGCCAGUUAAAAAAAUGAGAGCAACAAAUGGAGAGACUCUCCUAAACGAGAAUCUAAUUGCAAAUGAGCUUAAUAAUCACUUUAUCAGUAUAUACAGCGCUAAGAAUACAAAAAAGCUAAAUAUCAACGAUUAUAACAGUUAUAAAAUGCUUUUUGACAAACCAAUUCACCAUUACCAUUCAAUGUUUUUCACACCAAUAACUAAUUUAGAGAUAGAAGGAAUUGUACUCUCAAUGAAAUCCAGAAAAUCUCCAGGCUAUGAUAAUAUAAGAAUUGAGCUAAUUAAAAAUGUAAUAAAAUCGAUCUCUAGCACCCUUGCUCACAUAUAUAACCUCAGUUUGGAGACUGGUGUGUAUCCAAAAAAAUUAAAAAAUGCAAUUGUAGUACCAAUUUUCAAAUCUGGGGAUAAAGAAAAUCCAAACAACUACCGACCUAUCGCUCUUCUCUCAGUAUUUGCAAAAAUCCUAGAGAAAGUUGUCAGGAUAAGAUUAGUAAGCUUUCUAACCAAACACAGUUUUUUCAGCAAAAAUCAAUUCGGGUUUCAAAAAGGACUAAGUACAGAGGACGCCAUGCUUAAAUUUAUCUCUGAAAUAUAUAAUGGAAUAAACAAUAAUAAGAAAUGUGCCGGCCUCUAUUUGGAUAUCCGAAAAGCGUAUGAUACUGUGAAUCACGAUAUAUUGUUGGGAAAAUUGCAAGACUCAGGAGUUAGAGGUGUAUGUAAUAAUUGGUUUAAAAGCUUUCUAAGUAAUAGGUCACAACAGGUAAGGAUUGGGGAUUCGCUAAGCGAGCUAAAACUUAUAGAUACAGGGGUAGGUCUGCCUCAGGGGUCCGGUCUAUCAGCUGAGCUGUUCCUUGUGUAUGUUAAUGAUCUUUGUAACGGCAACUUUGAGGGAUCUGUCACAGCCUUUGCCGACGACACAGCACUGAGUUACAGUGCAGAUGAUAGGGGUCAGUUGGCUCAGAUGAUUAGUGAAGAUUUGAAGAAAUUGAAUUUAUGGCUGCAGGUGAACGCCCUAGAACUGAAUGCCAGUAAAUCCCACAUAAUUGUCCACAAGCUGAGGCCUGAAGGAAAUGAUUUAAUGAAUAUAUCAUUUCAUUCAAAUGAAUGUGAUAGUCCAAUAAACUGCACCUGUGAAAAGAUUUCAGAAGCACCCCAAGUUAAAUAUCUAGGUAUUAUAAUUGAUUCCAAGCUUACUUGGAACCAACAAAUAAUUAAAUUGAAGAGGGAACUUACGUGUGUAUGCAGAAAAUUUUACUAUAUAAGAAAUUUAUGCCCCGAAUAUGUCAUGGAAUCGCUGUACUAUGCACUCGUAAACAGUAGACUACAAUAUGGAAUAGCGGUAUGGGGAGGAGCUUAUUUUAAUAACAUUAAACCUCUUGUCACCGGGCAAAAAUACAUAUUGAGGACCAUAGACAAAAAACCAAGAUUAUUUAGCUCUUUGCCAAUUUUCAGAAAAUGGGGAUUUCUACCACUAAGGUAUCUGUAUUUCUUCAAAGUAUUGUCAAUUUUCUUUUUUAGAAGUGGACAAGUGAACGUUGCUAACCGCGAAUAUUAUCUCCGAUCCGCAAGUAAUUUAACCAGACCAAGACCACACAAAGAAAUCUUUAAACGUUUUUAUUUAUUUAUAGCCCCAAAAGUAUACAAUGAAAUUCCAAUUAGCAUAAGGCAGCAAAAAAAUCCGAGAAGUUUCAAGUUUUUUCUGAAGAAUUGGUUAUUGGAAAAGCAGGAUGUUGAAGUGUGGUUUAGAGAUCUCAGAUAAAAACUUAAUAAUAUUGCAAUAGAAGUAUAGUUACAGGUCAUUUAAAGAAAUCUAUUCAAUGUGUGAAAUAUUCAAAUCUAAGCUUAGUAGGUAUUUGUUUCUGUUUGUGAUGUAAAUAGAUAUUAUUAUUCAAGGUAAAACAACCCAAGUUGGAGAGUGUAGAUAUAAGUGAUUAAGUGCCCUAAGAUUGCUCUAGAAUAGAUAGAUGGCAAGGGAUACGUUAAGUUGAAUUUUUCACCUUAUGAUGAAUGGAUAUAAGUGGAAGAGUAAUUAUAUUGUUUGUUUUUAAAUAGAGAAGACAAGUUUUGUUGAUUCUAGUACCUAACAGUUUUCUUCGCGACAGGGAUGUAGUAAUUAUUAUUUAUAGGUUUAUAAUUUUUCUAAAUGACUAAAACUAUUUGCUGGUAACUCCCAUAAAGGAAUCCUCGGGAGUACCUAAUUUCUCUGAUAAGGAAG